AUGUCUGGCAUUGAGCUCCAGCAAAGGUCUGAUCAGCCCUUCCCCGCCUCAUCCCGCGAAGCACAGACGGUGGUCGAGCAAGAUCGCCUUGUCGAGUUCUUCAAUUACCAGAAAUGCGAGGCGUGUCAGCUACGACAACGUGACUGUAUCAUCAAAGCUGGGGCGGGCAGAUGUCUCUUAUGUUCAGAUGCAGAGCGUGAGUGCUUCUUUGAGCGUCAUAUCUAUGUACCGCUGCGUGGACCGCCCAACUGGUUCUCGCGCUCGGUCUUGUUGGCAGGCAAUACAUCCACCAAACCGCAGCAUAUGGACUCGAUCGUUGGAAAUAUGCUAGCGAAGGCGCACUUUCCCGGAAACUCGGCCGUCCCUGGCGAGGGAUUCGACUAUCGCCAAGGCCCCAACAUCACCAAGCCAAGUCUGACCAGACAUUACGAAGUCCGCGAUAGACUUCGUCGCUCCAUCCGACGGGCAUGGCUCGUUUACCUCGCCGUCUCCACGUUCCGCGUACGAGGCGCCAUGUACGCCCAGAGGACCAACGGCCCCAUGUUCCCAAUUCAGAUCUUCAACCCAGCGGUGCCCAAGAUUAAGGACCAUCGUCGCUCCUACCCGGAGACUGACAAGCGUAAGUUCGCCGAGAUCUCGAAAGCUGGUCCCUGCGACGAUUGUCGCCGUAAGAAGAAGGCCUGCGACCACAUCCCCUCCAAUCCAGAAGACCAUCUCAUCUCCCCCAAUUCCGGCAAACUCAAACGUCUUCUGCCACCCAUCCCGCGCACACCGGCUCACACAACCACAACCAAUACCAAUGCCUCCGGCCCGGACACCCAAAUUCCCAUCGUCAAGCUCUCCCACUCUCGCAGGCCCCCGGAAAAGGUAAUGUGCAAGCACUGCAACACGCGCCCCGAGGGUUUCCGCGGCGAGCACGAACUCCGCCGGCAUAUGCAGCGUGACCACGCGCCUCGCCGCAAAAUGUGGAUUUGCAUCGACCCCACCGCAUCUGGAGAUUUGUUGAAGGAUUGCGAGUCUUGUUUGAGCGAGAAGCAGUAUAAUGCGUAUUACAACGCGGCUGCACAUUUGCGGCGGAGGCAUUUCAAUCAGGGCAGCAAUGCGGGGAGGGGAAGGCGCGGGAGGAAGGGGGAUGACGGCGCGGGUGGGAAGGCGAAGAGUGGGAGGGUCGGAGUGAACGAUCCGCCGAUGGAUGUGUUGAGGAGUUAUUUGAGGGAGAUUGAGGUCGAUCAAGAGGGUGUACCUUUUGAGAGUGCCGGGGAUGGGGAGGGUGAGGGUGAAGGUGAAGGUGAAGGUGAGGGCGAGGGCGAGGGCGAGGGCGAGGGAGAAGGUGAAGCGGAGGCGAAGGAGGAGGCAAAGGAGGAGUGA